UUGAAGCAACACUUCAAUUAAACAUACUACAACAAAUCAUUGGACAUGGAUAUAAUCUUGGGUAUCAAGACAGCUGAUUCUGUUAUAAUUGCAACCUCAAAGGCUGCUACAAGGGGUAUUUCUGUUCUUAAGGCAAAUGAUGAUAAGACAAGACAAUUAACGGAGAAAUCAUUGAUGGCCUUCACUGGUGAAUCUGGCGAUACUGUUCAAUUUGCUGAAUUUAUCCAAGCAAAUGUUCAAUUAUAUUCAAUGAGAGAGAAUGUAGAAUUGUCAUCAAAGGCUAUAUCCAGCUUUGUUAGAAACCAAUUAGCUCAGUCUUUAAGAUCCAGAAAACCAUAUCAAGUAAAUGUCUUGAUUGGUGGUUAUGACGAAAAUAAAGAAAUACCAACAUUGAAUUGGAUAGAUUAUCUUGGGACAAAUAUCGAAUUACCAUAUGCUGCUCAUGGUUAUGCUGCUUUUUACACAUUUUCCUUACUAGAUCGUCACUAUAAGCCAACGAUGUCCACCGACGAAGGUCUAGAGUUGUUAAAACAAUGUAUUAAAGAACUAACAACUAGAAUGCCAAUUGAUUUCAAGGGUGUAUAUGUCAAGGUAGUUGAUAAAGAUGGAGUCAAAGAAAUUGAUUUUUAGAUAUUUAAUAGUAUACUUGAUCAUUUAAACUCCGAUAUUCUCUGGCCAAUUGUAUUCUUUUACAUUUUUAUAAGAUUCAGUGCAAGAUAUAUUUUUAUUGAUUGUAUGAUAUAUAAAGAAACAAAAAAAUAACCUAAAAAAAGUAAACAAAUCUACCGAAUCUGUACUGGUAUCCAUAAAAAUAAAACCAAGAUGACACUAAACAAAAAAACCAAUAGAAAACCUAAAGUAGAAUAUAAAGAGUAAAAGUGUGAUAAAAGAAAGAAAAAAAGUACUAUUUGAAUUGAAAUAAAAUUCAAAAACUAUCAAGUAAUACGACAGUAUUCGGGAACAUUACAAGAAUAAUUGAAAACUGAACUU